AUGGGUGCUCAGCAAUCCUCUGGCCGGGACCAGACCGAGGGCUCCUUCCAACCCGUCAAAACAUGUUACUACGAGCUUCUUGGCGUCGAGCGCGAUGCCUCCGAUGACGAGUAUGUGUCCUUCUUCCAGCCGCCACUGACCUAUCCCUAUCUUCUGACUUCUUUCCGCGUCUACAGAAUCAAGAAAUCUUACAGGAAACGCGCUCUCGAGCUUCACCCCGACCGAAACCUCAACGAUGUCCAGAAUGCGACCCGUCGCUUCGCCGAGAUCCAGGCCGCAUAUGAAGUACUUUCCGACCCUCAGGAGAGAGCUUGGUAUGACUCUCAUCGCGACGCCAUCCUACGUGGUGCCGAACCCGACGACUCGGACGCCCGUAGCCCUGAGUUCAACAAUGUGAAGCUCACGUCUACCGACGACAUAUUCUCCCUAAUUCGCCGGUUCAACUCCACCGUUCCCUUCACGGACGAGCCCUCCGGCUUCUUUGGUAUAGCCAAGGCGACCUUCGACCAUCUUGCCGACGAAGAGAUUGCCGCCGGCGAGUACGCACCAGGAGACAUUCCAGAUUACCCUUCGUUUGGCUUUUCCACCGAUAGUUAUGAAGCCGUCGCCAAGCCAUUCUACGGCGCCUGGGCGAGCUUCUCCACCCGCAAAACGUUUGCUUGGAAGGACAAAUAUCGACUCUCGGAUGCUCCAGACCGGCGUGUCCGGCGCCUGAUGGAGAAAGAGAACAAAAAGAUGCGCGACGAAGCCAUUCGGGAGUUCAACGAUGCUGUCAGGUUUCUUGUCACCUUUGUACGCAAGCGCGACCCCCGUUACCUCCCAAACACACAAACGGCCGCGGAACGCCAGGAGUCUCUGCGCACCGCGGCUGCCGCACAAGCUGCCCGAUCCCGUGCCGCAAACAAGGAAAAGCUUUCCGAAGCAUUUGUGCCCGAUUGGGCCCAGGCGCGGGACGAAGCGGACGCGGGUGGUCAUUUCUCUGAAAGCGAAGAAGAGGAAUCAGAGGUGGAAGAGAUUGAGUGUGUCGUGUGCAACAAAACGUUCAAAAGCGAGAAGUCGUUCGAGGCGCACGAAAGAAGCAAGAAACAUGUCAAGGCUGUGCAGCAGCUGAGGCGCCAGAUGAGGAACGAAGACCUGGACCUGAGCCUUCAUGAGACGUCUGCUAUGCCUGAUAAGGUUACUUUGGUGGAGGACACACAGGAGGUUACUGACGAGCAGCAACACUCUGAGGCUGCGAAGGCGAACGAUGAGGAACCGGUCGAUUCAACGAUCCACACCCAAGAAACGGAACUGUCCGACACCUCAUCCGACCUUCUGGUAGAUGACGAAUAUGCCUCGCGUGACGACGUCGAGAAGAGACUCUUCGACGACAACACUCCUCAUGCCGAAACAAGCCGAGACGGCGCAUCGAAAACCGAUUACGGAAAGGGGUUGACCAGCCUUGAAGACCUGUCACUAGGCGAUGACGACGAGGCCGACGACUAUGUUCGAGCCCAGCCUAGAAAGGUUGGUAAAGCUAAGGCGAAACGUGAAAAGCGAGCGGCUCGUCAGGCGGCUGAAGAGGCUCAGGCUAGCAAUGUGAGUCUACACAACAAACCCUUCAUGAAAUAA